GUGGCGUUCAGCGGCGAAAGAGCAUAAAGUGAUCAUGUAGGAUCACAAGUCGCUCCUUCACGCUGAACGACCUUUGCGUUCUGCGCUACAUCGAAUUUACAUCGAAAAUGUAGCGGAGCGGUCGCCAUGUUUUGGAACGCCUUUUGAGUGUAAUACUUCGAGUGUAGCAUAAAAUGACGCAUGCGUAAAAGCAAUUAACGUACUUUUAGCGCCAAUUUUCGUUCCUAUUUUGAGUUUUUGAGGUUAUGUUAUUAUUGUAUUUGUAUUUAUUAUUUUUCAAGAAGUGUUGUGCCCUUCUUUCAUCUUUCAUUUGUGUUUAUUUUUUUUUAAAUCAAACAGCUUGAAAAUGACCAGUCGAUAUUAUUAUUACAAUAAUGAAGAGUACGAAAUAAAAGCCACGGCAGAACAACAUUGUAAGCUUCAAAAUGAUUUACAGUUCUUCUUAAGUUGUGUAGGAGUAGAAGAAAGUGAGGGCGAAGUUCUCGUUGUUGGGGAAGAAGUUGUUGAAGAUGUAAAAGAAAACAUUUCUCAGAAUGAAAAACAAUCAAGUGUGUGGAAUCAGGCAACUGUUAAUCUAUUGAUUAACAGUUACAGAGAAUUGAAAGAGGAGUUUAGAAAUCCUAAAACAAAGAAAAAGGCGUUAUGGUCGCAAAUAAAAACAAACUUUGAAAAAUUAGGAUAUUCUAUGUCGGAGGACUUAUUAGAUAGAAAAUGGAGAAAUUUAAAAAAGCAAUACAAGCUUGCUAAAGAUAACAUUAAAGGAACAGGGAAGGCCAGGAUUACAUGGGAAUAUUAUGAUAUUUUAACCGAAAUAUUUGAAGAUGAUGCCAGCAUAAACUUGCCUCCGGUUGUUGAAAGUGCAAGACCGGAAAAAGCAUCAACCUCAAAUGCAGAGAUUACUAACAGUAUAUGUGCUACAUUCAAGGCACAUGCAUCUACUUCAAAUGCCAGUGCCAGUACCAGUUUGGAUUUUACACCGUUGGAGCUAAUGGAAACAGCUACCAUUGUAGAAGGGAGCCUUAAAAAUUCAAUAGCAGUAUCUACUUCAUCUCUCUCCAAAGUAAGUAAAGCUGAAUCCUUAAAGAGAAAAGGCAACCAGAAAGAAUCUCCAUAUAAUAUGAAAAAGAGGAAGUUGGCUGCAGAAACCAAAAGAACAGAGGUGAUAAAAAUACAUGCAGAAUCCAUAGAGAAGUAUACAGCAGAGUUAAAAAGAGCCAACGACAUGCAGGAGAGAAAGAUACUAGCUAUGGAAAAAACCAAUGAACUUUUGGAAAAAUUAAUUGCAAAUAAAAAGUAAAUAUUGCUUUGUGUAAUAAACGUUUUUUAAUAUUUU